CCGUCGUUGGACAGCAUGUCUGCAGACCUGGUCGAUGUGUCUUUUGUGGGAUCAUCGGUCAGCAUUUCGGCAUCUUCUCCAAAUGGUCUCAUCUACUUUAUAGCCAAUGCUAGUCACACGAAUCAAAUACAAACAUCUGCUCAGCUACUACUGCGGGAUGGUCAGCAAAUUACUAUGAUUAGUGUUGGCAAGAGGUCAACCUUUUAUGCAAGCACAAGUGAUGGUGCCGUGUUUGUUAUAAGAUGUCAAACACGUGGACAACAGUUGAAAUUGGAUUGUCAGCAGUUAGUGCAGCCUCAGGGAAGGUUGGCUGGUUUGGGACGAAAGUUUAGUUCACUGUUGUUUGGUGGAAGCUCUGUAGAGCAGCAGGGCAAUGGAGCUGUUUUGUCUCUUACGUCUAUUCUUGGCUCUGACUGUGAGCUCUUGUAUGUUUUGACAGAUAGAACAAUUGAAUUGUGGGAAAUUAGUGAUUCAUCAGACAAGCUGGUAUGUCAGAAUGCUGUAAAUGCUGUUGUUCAAGACGGUAUUCGACUGAUGUGUGGUACUUCUCUAACCAAUAUAACAAGUCUUUAUCCUCUGUCUAUUGUGGCACUCAACGAUGGCACUUUCUUGUUGGCAGCCUACAUGGAGCAGUCUCAUAUCUCGUACCUAACAAUUGAGCUUAGUGAUUCUCUCACCGCUCAGGUUGCUGUAACUGCACAUUGUAGAACCAAGCUUACUGAAUCUGAAUUGAGUGCUCUGCCGUCGAGUGCUCUGUUGUCUUAUCAGCUUGUUGGAUUGUCUGAUGAUGAAUUUGUUAGUUACAACCAGUCUACAGUUUGGUGCCGGAAAGAUUCGUCUCAACUUCUAGAUAGGCUUCAAGUUGGUGUUUCUGAUGCGAUUCUAGCAGCAGGUGUUUGUGGAGAUCAGUUUGUUCUGCUUUCUCAAGCACAUGGCAUGCUAACUGUAGUUGACAAGUUGCAGCCAGAUCUAAAUGUGACAAUUGAUCGCAGACUAGUUCAACCUCUUUCUGCUUCAAAGAGGAAAAAAUCUGUGGAGUCUAGUUUUAGCUUCAAUGAACAGCUAAGAUCACUUUUUGUCUUGCAUUGUCAAAGUGAAGACAAUAUGGAAAACUGCUUGAUGCUGGCUAAUACCCUACUUGCUUCACUACCUGUUGAUGUUGUUUCUUCUGAGCUUGACCAGGCUGUUUUCAAUCUCAGCCUUCAACUGAUUAAUGAUCUUCCUACAUCAGAUCCUCGCUGGGCAGAACAGAAAGCUGCAGACCUGGUUAUGUCAUCAUCUGUUGUCAUUCUUGACAGCCUCCAGUCUAAGCUGCAAGCGCAUUCUAUCUUAGUUCAAUUUCUUUCAGACAUGGGAUUUAUUGGGAGGCUUGGAACGGUGAGUGCUGAUGGGCGUAUGCUGCCUACUGUAUUCGUUUUGUGUGAACACCAAGAGAAGCUGUUAGCAGCACUAGCACUGAGGAAACACCACACGCUCUAUCCUCUUGUAAUCGACUCUGCUAUCAGACGGUCAGUACACUUGCAUUCAUCCAUUUUACAGUCCGGACUGACUGCUGUUGAUGUAUUUUACAAGGAUGUAUCAUCUAUCCAAACCAUAGUGAGGGCAAUGGUGGUUGAAGAAGAAUCUCUGUUGAGUCCUGAUCUCUCUCACGACGAAUCACUUGAAAUUGUUCAGUCAGUCAACAGUACACUACAGUCGAUGUUCUCUAGCAUCAUGCAGCACAGACAGGCUCAGAGCCACACACUUGGCGUUGAUGUUCUGUCUGAUCAAGUGGUUGCUCAUAUUAAUGCAGAUUGCUAUUACUGGACUGACACUGAUGGAAACAACGGCAUCAGAACAUCAUUGUUAAAGCAGCUUAGUAUUGUAUUUGACAAGGCUGAUACUUUACCAAAUGGAGUCCGGUUGUUGAAAUCAGUGACUGGUCUUAUUGACACUUUUCUCAAUAUAUUCACAUCACAAUUAGACAUGCACAGAACUCUACAUAUUCCUGAUGCUGCAACAGAGGAAAUACAGCAACGGUUUAGUCAGUGUCGAAAUACAGUAAUCAAACCAUUUGUUAAACACGGUCUCCAUGAGACUGCAACAGUUCUAGCUGAAAAAUAUCAGGAUUUUGCAAUUCUAGUCAAAUUAUGUGAAACAAGUGGCGACGAGGGCAAGCUGCAGUUGUAUGGCGAACAAUUCAAAAAUGAUGGUUUUGUUCCGUUUCUUUUCAAGUAUUACAUGGAUCAAGGUCAGCUGGGUAAGUUGUUGCGUCAACCUUUAUCGCGUCACUCAGAACUGACUGAAUUCUUGAGGCCUCAUACACGUCUGAGCUGGAUUCAUCACCUACAGACGAGAAAUUUCGAUGAGGCUCACUGUGCGCUAGCUGAUCUGGCUGAUUCUGAGUCCGAGGACGUGUUUAGAAAAAAGACACUUCUAAGUUUGAGUAAAUUGUCACUGCUAUCUUCUGAUAAGUCAAAUGAGGAGCAAGAACCGGAGCUAGAAAGACUCAACAGUGAACUUGACGUAAUUCUACAUCAAGAGCAGCUGGCAGACGAUGUGCUAAAGGCAGGUCAUGUUGAUCCUGAUAAACAACCGCCAUUGACAGUCGAAGAUCUGAUUGAAUUCUAUACCAGUCCUGACUUGAAUCCAUCAGCUAGUGAAUAUGACUUCAAAAAAGCUCUUGAUCUGGUUACCUGUGUUGCUGAUGAAGACAUAGAUAUAGAUCAGUUAUCACUUCGUAUCUGGUGCAGAGCCAUUCUUAGAAACAGUUGGUCGGAGAUGGAGGGUGUAGAGCCAGUAGCUAGUCUUAGGGAAACGCUCUUUUUCCGCAUUGUCAAACUUGCUGUCAAUGAAGGAAUAGACCUCAAUGACUUUGUUCCCGAUCUUGACACUCUACUCAGCUGUGAUGAGCUGGAGGCGAGCGGGCCGACAGACAACAGACAUUUUCUGUAUUUGAUGAAAAUGGGAUACGAGCAAUUAGACUUAAGUCGAUCUCUUCCUGUCUAGUUUAAUAACAGUUUUUCAGUAGGGCCUUGAUGGACUCUUGCUACUCUGAAGUGUGACUUGAAGUAGACAAAUGUGUAAAAUACUAAUACUCUUGUAGUAGGUGAAACUAAUGCCAAGCCAGUUCUGAAGUUGACCAUAUGGAGAUAUUCGGUGUACAGGGUAUGGUGCAUGGUAAAGUUCUAAACAAUUCAAAG